AUGAUUGAAGUAGUAUUGAAUGAUCGUCUCGGAAAGAAGAUUCGAGUCAAAUGUAAUGAAGAUGAUACCAUCGGGGAUUUGAAGAAGUUAGUAGCAGCUCAAACCGGAACAAAACCAGAGAAAAUUCGUCUUCAAAGAUGGAAUCAAAUCUUCAAGGAUCACAUUACGUUGAGUGAUUAUGAAAUUAGUGAUGGUAGUGGAAUUGAAUUGUACUAUGAAUAA